GCCAGUGGGCUCCUCAGUAAACGUUGGAGAGUCGUACGGAUCGGUUCACGGAUCACCGGGUCGGUUCUUUGCGCGCGGAUUCGUCGUCAGGCAGUGUUUUGUUUUUGUUUUUUUGGUUUUGAUUUUGAUUUUCUGUUGUUGUUGGAAGUAGAGAGUGGUGGAAACACAGCAUGGAAAGGAAAAUUGAAAAACUAAACAGAUUUUCCCAUUGCGAUUGAGAUUGCACAUACUCAUACUCGGGUUACCCCGUGCGUACGUGUACGUGUUUUGCCAAGCGAUAAAUUAGGCCAAGAGGAGGGUCCAAGCGGUCCAAUCGCGUAGCCAUGUCGGGUAGACGGGCCCAAUCUCUGCCGGCGCACAUGGUGGAACCGGCAAAACCCGAACGCGGACGCUGUGUGGCGGCCAUCUGUUUCUCAUGGAAGAUCAUCACCUGCAUUGUGUCGCAUGUCCUGCUCGUCCUCCUGGUGGUCUCCUACUGCGUCGGAGGCGCGUAUCUCUUCCAGCACUUGGAGCGACCACAUGAACUGGAGGUCAAGCGCGACAUUCAGAACCUUCGCUUCAAUCUCACGGAGAACAUUUGGCUCUUGUCGGACGAUGCCCUGGUCUUGAGGGAAAGCGACUGGAUGGCGAAUGUGAGCAAACAUCUGGCCAAUUUCGAGAAGCAGAUCCUCACGGCCAUCAAGGCGGAUGGCUGGGACGGGGACGAGGAUCUGCGCAAGUCGCAAUGGACCUUUGCCGGCUCCCUCUUCUACUCGAUCAUUGUGAUCACAACGAUAGGCUAUGGCCACAUAUCACCGCGCACCGACUGGGGCAAGGUGACAACGAUUUUCUAUGCCAUCGUCGGCAUCCCGCUGAUGCUCAUCUGCCUGUCCAACAUUGGGGAUGUGAUGGCCACGUCAUUCCGUUUUCUCUACUGGCGCAUCUGCUGCUAUGUGUGCACGCGGACGGCCAAGCGGCCGAGGAAUGCCCGCUCCAGGCAGCGGUCGGUGAGGGGACAGCGGUAUGCCCGCUCCCAGCCGCCACCCUCGUUCCGGCGAUCCAUGAAGAUGACACAGCGAUCGGGCAAUGACUCCGGGUUCGGUCCCUCCAUGGGGCAUGCCCAUUCCGAUCCGGAACUGCGCACCAUGGGGCGGGGCGUCGGCGGCGGCUACGAUGAUAGGGAGUUUGGCCACCGCAGCAGUGGAGGACGCAAUCGCCGCCAGCAGCAGAUUGCGGCACAGCCUCGCCAGCAGCGGCACAACAUCUACGGGGAUGAGUACGAGAUGCAGACGCAGACUCUGAAUCGCGGCAAUCGCUACAGCAGCCGCCAGAGGCAGAGAGAUCGCAUGCGGGAUCGGCAUACGGUGGAGCGGGAGCGCUAUCGGCACGAUUUUGAUGCAGGAUCCAUGGAGGAUUUCAGUGACCUACAGCCGCCGGCAAAGAGGGCCGCCAGUGUCCGUUCUGUCCGCUCGCCCCAGCAUCAGGAGUCCAAGGCCUCGCGGGAGCUGCACCGCCUGCAUUCUGCCCCAGGUCGCGGGGCCCGAGCCAAGUCCGUGGACCCGCGGCACGUCUCCUCGCAGCACUACGAAGAUGUGGACGAGGAUGUGGUGCGCAAGACUCCGAUUAUACCCAACCGAUACGCCCUGGAUGACUUCGGAGGAGGAUCUGGCCACCAGCGGACCACCAGGAAUGCAGCGCCACGGAGUCAAUCAAUGCCCCGAUCCGCACACCAGCGACAACGACAGAGGGAUCGCGAGAGGGAGCGUUCUCCGCAGCCUCCUCGGAACGCAGGUCGUCGCGCUGGCAGCCUGGGACGUCAAUCCACACGCUAUGGCAACCACUUGGAGCUCCCCGACUACGAUGCUCCGCCACAGGGGUCCUCCAGGGAUCAUCGCAGGGACCGACGAGGACGCUCUCCGCGCAGCUACGAGGAUUAUGUGGAGGAGAGCUUCGAUGAGGUGUCCCUGUGCGACGGCGGCCACUACGAGGACUAUCCCCCCGUCCAUAGCAAGUCCAGGAGUCGCGAGCCGCGCCGCAAUCAUCGUCGGAGGGAGCGGGCCGAGCGUCUGCCUCCCUCGCCACGUAUCAUGUCGCCCAUGGGUUUCCCUGUGCAGCGGCAGAUCCGACGUCGUCCCAGCUACGAAUACGACGAGGACGACUCCAUGUAUGGGGAGGACUAUGGGGACUAUGGCGAUCUCCUGCCCAAGGACCGUCCUGUGCCCAUCUGGCUGUGCGUCUUCCUGGUCGUCAGCUACAUCCUGGGAGGCGCCGCCCUGUUUGCCUACUGGGAGAACUGGUCCUUUCUGGACUCGGCCUACUUCUGCUUCAUCACGCUGACGACAAUCGGAUUUGGCGACUUUGUACCUGCCAAGGGCGUCAAGGAUGAGUCGGAGCAGUCCAUUGCCUAUUGCUCGUUGUAUCUGCUCUUUGGCAUUGCUCUCCUGGCCAUGAGCUUCAAUUUGGUCCAGGAGGAGUUCAUAGCGAAUGUUAAGGAGGUGGCACGUCGUCUGGGGAUCCUCAAAGAUGACGAUGAGGACGACCGCGAUGAGGAUUAGGGGGGUUUACUCUUAAAACUAUAGUAUUGAACACUAGAGAGCUGCAUGCAAACGAAGGCGUUUCAUUCGAAACAUCUACUGUGUAUUCAUGCAGAUCUCUUAACUUAAACACCUUUCAUAGGAUUUUGUACACUCUUCAUAGGAUAUACCUCUUGCAUCUUCGAGUAGAGCUUAAAUUAUAAAGUAAAUGAAGUUUCCUUAAGAUUACAGUUUACACUCAACGGAAAAGUCAACUCAAAGGGAACCCUAAAGAUCGUCAACAAGUAGAUUCUCUUAGUUUACAUAAGUUUUCAGACGAAUAUUCAGAUUAAAGUGCGUCCCCGAACGGGUUUUCCCGAUUAUA